AUGGCCGCCGCCGCCCCGCCGCACCCGGACAAGCUGGAGGGAGGAGUCCCCGCGCCCCCGCCCGCCCCCCCCGGACCCGCCAGGAAGCAGGGCAAGGCCGGUCUGCAAAUGAAGAGCCCCGAAAAGAAGCGACGGAAAUCCAACACUCAGGGCCCGGCUUAUUCCCACCUGACGGAGUUCGCCCCGCCCCCGACGCCCAUGGUGGACCACCUGGUGGCCUCCAACCCCUUCGAGGAUGACUUCGCCGCCCCGAAGCUCGGGGCCGGGGGCGGCCCCCCGUUCCUGGGGGGGCCCGGACCCUACGCGGGCUUCCGCGUGCAGCCGGGGGCCGCGCUGGCCGGCCAGGUCCCGCCGGGCUACGGCGGGGGCGGGCCGGGCGCCGGGGCCGGGGGGCCGCCGCCCCCGCCCCCCCAGGCCCUGCGGCGCCAGCCCCCGCCCUUCCCCCCCAACGCCCUGGGCCCCGCCUUCGCCCUCCCUCCCCAGGGCCCCGGCUACGGGCCCGGCGGACCCCCCGGACCGGCGGCGGCGGCGGCGGCGGCGGCGGCGGCCAUGAACUUCCCCGGCCAGCCCUUCGGGCCCGCGCUGGCCCAGAACUUCAGCCCCCCGUCCGGCCAGCUGGGGCCCGGGCCCGUGGGCGCCUUCGGCCCCAUGAUGUCCCCGACCAUGGGCGGUCAGCCCCCGGCCCCGCCGCCCCCGGCCCCGCCGCCCCAGCGCUUCGCGCAGCAGCCCCCGAACCCCUUCGGCCCCCUGCCGCGGCCCGGCCCGCCCCCCGCCGCCGGCCCCUUCCCCGGCCCCGACUUCCCCCCCGCCGGCGAGGACGGCGUCGGCAAGGCCCUGCCCCCGCCCGGCCCCGGGGGCGGCGGGGGCGGGGGCGGCCCCGGCUUCGUCCCCGAGCCGCACGGCGGCUCCCCCGUCACCGCGGCCGCCGUCAACGGGGCCCCGGCCGGCUUCUCGGCCGGGGGCGCGGGGGCCCGGGGGGCGGCGGGCACGCCGGACGCCAACAACCUGCCCGCCCCGCCCGCCGGGGCGCCCUCGGCCCCGCCCCCCCCGCCGGCGGGCCUGGUGUACCCGUGCGGGGCCUGCCGCAGCGAGGUCCACGACGACCAGGACGCCAUCCUGUGCGAGGCCUCCUGCCAGAAGUGGUUCCACCGCGAAUGCACGGGCAUGACGGAGAACGCCUACGGGCUGCUGACCACCGAGGCCUCCGCCGUCUGGGCCUGCGACUUCUGCCUCAAGACCAAGGAGAUCCAGUCCGUCUACAUCCGCGAGGGGCUGGGCCAGCUGGUGGCCGCCGGCGACGGCUGAGGCGGGGGGCCGGGGGACGCCACCGAGACCGCUCCCCGACGCCCCCUCCCCGUCCCCCGUC